UGAGUCCGCUGAGGGUGACGUCAUUGGGACGUACUAAGACUAGGGUUGGGCCGAGAGUCGGAGCCAUUACUGCAGGAAAAGGUCCCGCAGAGCUGAGCAGUCAAGAUGUGUGACUUCACCGAAGACCAGACCGCAGAGUUCAAGGAGGCCUUCCAGCUGUUUGACCGAACAGGUGAUGGCAAGAUCCUGUACAGCCAGUGUGGGGACGUGAUGAGGGCCCUGGGCCAGAACCCUACCAACGCCGAGGUGCUCAAGGUCCUGGGGAACCCCAAGAGUGAUGAGAUGAAUGUGAAGGUGCUGGACUUUGAGCACUUUCUGCCCAUGCUGCAGACAGUGGCCAAGAACAAGGACCAGGGCACCUAUGAGGAUUAUGUCGAAGGACUUCGGGUGUUUGACAAGGAAGGAAAUGGCACCGUCAUGGGUGCUGAAAUCCGGCAUGUUCUUGUCACACUGGGUGAGAAGAUGACAGAGGAAGAAGUAGAGAUGCUGGUGGCAGGGCAUGAGGACAGCAAUGGUUGUAUCAACUAUGAAGCGUUUGUGAGGCAUAUCCUGUCGGGGUGACGGGCCCAUGGGGCGGAGCUCGUCCGCAUGGUGCUGAAUGGCUGAGGACCCUCCCAGUCUCCCGACUCCGUGCCUUUCCCUGUGUGAAUUUUGUAUCUAGCCUGAAGUUUCCCUAGGCUCUCUUGUCUCAGCACCUUUCCCAUCUUGUCUCUCUUGGAUGAUGUUUGCCGUCAGCAUUCACCAAAUAAACUUGCUCUCUGGGCCCUC